CUUAAAGAACUUUUUUGUAGUUAUCAUUGAGGUGGGGAAAGAGUUUUGAGUGGAGAUAAAAUUUUGUUUGGAAAGAAGCGGUGGAAGUGUCACUGGCAUGGCUCGCCCUGAUUUCUUUUACAGUGGCAUUUCCAGAACAAGUCGUCCACAUGAGGUCUUCCGCCUCUCCUCCUGUAAUCCCACAAACUCUCUGCAAACACGCACCUCACAUCUAUUACUUUGCACAACAUCCCUCAUUGCCACCGAACAAGGAAAUUCUUCCAAACCUGCAAAACACCGUCACAGACCAAGGAAAUCAAAGUCCAAAUCCGUGGAUAAACCAAAGGAAUUAAAGGCAAAAUUUGUUGAUAAGUCAAAGAAAUUAUACUCCAAUGUUUCGCCUCACAGAGCAGCUUCUGCAGUGCGGUUAUUGAGGAUAGAUGAGCAAGGAGCGUAUGCGGACUUGCUAAACGCCCACAAUAGCGAAAUUAAAUACAUUCACAAUACUUUAGGAUUCCGCAUCAAGCCGCUCGAUGCAAGGGACGCUAGACUGGUAACAGAUAUUGUUGCAGGUGUUCUACGGUGGAAGCGUUAUCUAGAUUAUCUGAUAUUUUCACUGUACAGGCAGACAAAAAGAGCUAAUGAAAUAGAACCUCUUCUUCAGCAGAUACUUCGAAUUGGUGUCUAUGAAAUUGUUAAGCUAGGCAUGCCACCAUAUGCUGUAGUCAAUGAGAAUGUGACACUUGCAAAAGCAGCACUGAGAGCUGGUGCUGGUAACAUGGUUAAUGCAAUUCUCCGAAAGAUAGUUUCUUGUAAGGAAAAUGAUACACUUCCCUUACCAGCAGUUGAAGGUGAUUCCCGCUCAAAAGCACGUGCCCUUGCAGUAAUAUAUUCACAUCCAGUUUGGAUGGUAAGGCGUUGGAUGUCUUAUCUAGAACUAGAAGCAAUGAUUAAUCUGAUGGAAUGGAAUAAUGAUCCGCCUUGCUUCAGUCUUAGAGCAAAUAACAACAAAGGAAUCUCAAGAGACGUUCUAGUAGUCUUGCUAAACAAGCUAGAGGUCCCAUACAAGUUAUCUCCCUACUUGGAAGAGUUUGUUCAUCUCACAACUGGAUUGCAGAAUGUUAUCCAAGCUGGAUUGAUAAAAGAAGGGACAUGUGCAGUACAGGAUGAAAGUGCAGGACUAGUAGUUUCUGUUGUUGAUCCUCAACCAGGGGAAACUAUUGUUGAUUGUUGUGCCGCACCUGGAGGGAAGACUUUGUUCAUGGCAUCACGUCUGCAGGGUCAAGGGAAAAUAAUUGCAAUUGAUAUAAAUCAAGGACGCUUACGAAUGGUUGAAGAGGCAGCAAUAAUACAAGCUUUAGAUAGUGUUGUAACUACUUGUCACAAUGAUAUUUGUGACUUUGUUCAGGUUGGAACCUCUAUACAGGCUGACAAAGUUCUACUUGAUGCUCCUUGUAGUGGGCUCGGUGUCCUUCGUAAGAAACCAGAUUUGCGUUGGAAGAGAUCACUGAAGGAUUUAGAGCAGCUGAUGUUAUUACAAGACAAGCUCUUGGAUGCAGCCUCCUUGUUGGUAAAGCCUGGAGGCAUUUUAGUUUACAGUACUUGCUCAAUAGACCCAGGAGAAAACAAGGAACGUGUCGAAUCAUUUCUUAGUAGACACCCAGAGUUCAUUGUUGAAUCAGUAAAGAAACUUGUUCCAGAUGAGUUCGUAUCUGAGGAGGGAUUCUACUUCUCGCAUACAAGUAAUCAUUUUCUUGAUGGUGCAUUUGCAGCACGCCUGUAUCGUAUUACCAACUAAAUUCAAAUGAAACAUUUUAUUUCUUUGAAAUUGUAAAAUAAACAAUCUAAUUAUUGAAAAAAGAAAAAAAAGAAAAAAAAGGAAUCCAAUUUUGACCAUGUAAUGGAUGCAUCUACAAAAUGAAAAGCAAAUGCUUAAUUAACAGGCAUUAUUUGUUAUUGUGUACAGACUUAUAUAGGCAAUCAAUCCACGUUCUUAUCGUGCAAGUA